AUGUUAUCCACAUCAUCACAACAGCAACAGCAUCUUUUCUCUAGUUAUCGUACAUUAGGUUUAGUUACUAAUCAUGUUCCAUGUAUACUACGUAUACAUCAACGUCAUUCAUCUCAUUUACUAUUAACAGCUAUAGGCAAAGUAUUUCAUGCUUAUCGUCUUAAUACACUUCAAGUUUUACUUGUUAGUGAUGCUCAUACAGAAGAUAUUCAAGCAUUAGCAUCAAAUAGUCGUUUAGUUUUUGUUGCUUCCGGUUCAUCGAUAUAUGUUUAUCGUCGUGUAUUUCAUCUUUAUCAAACUUUAUCUGAUCAUAAAGGCGAUGUUCAACAUUUAUUACCAUUUGGUGAUGAACAUUUAAUUAGUAUUGAUGAAUCCAAUACAUUACGUGUAUGGGAUAUACAAUCAGCUAGUGUUUAUUUUUUACUUGAAUUUGAUCCAAAAAAUUUUCAUAUAACAUGUUUACUUCAUCCAGCAACAUAUGUUAAUAAAUUAUUAAUAGCAUCACGUCAAGGUACAAUGCAAUUAUGGAAUAUCAAAUCGAAUAAAUUAUUACAUGAAUUUUUUUCGAAUGAUGAUAUACAAACAAAUUCUAUAACGGCAAUUGCUCAAUCAACUGUUGUUGAUGUUAUUGCUAUUGGAUAUAAUAAUGGGCAAAUUCGUUUACAUAAUCUUCGUUAUGAUGAAACACUUGUUACAUUUACACAAGAUUUUAAUGGACCAAUAACAUCCAUUGCAUUUCGUCUGGAUAAUGUUCCACAUAUGGCAACAGGUUCAUCAGCUGGACAUAUUUGCAUAUGGAAUUUAGAUACAUGUCAUUUAAUAAGUCAAAUGCGAAAUGCACAUAAACAAUGUGCGAUAGCUGCAUUACAUUAUAUACCUGGUGAACCAUUAUUAAUAUCAAAUGGAAAUGAUAAUGCUUUACGUGAAUGGAUAUUUGAUAUGCCUGAUGGUCAAUCAUGUCGUUUAUAUCGUGAACGUUGUGGACAUUCGAAAUCGCCACGUUGUGUACGUUUUCAUGAUAAUGAAAUCGUAUUAUCAGCUGGUAAUGAUGGACGUUUAAGAACAUUUCAUACAAUACUUGAUAAUCUUUCACGAUGUUUUGGUCGUACAACACGAUAUAAAUGGGAAAUGGAAUUAAAUGAAAAUGAAAAUAAUGAUAAUGAUGAUGAGAAGAAUGAAGAUACUGAACAACCAUUACCAAUUAUUGAUUUACGUUGUGAAGUUAUUAAAGAAAAUGAUUGGGAUGGUAUUAUUGCUAUACAUGAAAAUCGACGACGUGUAUCAGCUUGGAAUUAUAUUCGAGCUACUCGUAGUCAACAUCGAUUUGAACAUGAAAGAUUUGCAACUAAAGUUUAUCAUAAUACAGAAGUUCUUGCAACUUGUUGUGAUAUUAGUCCAUGUGGAAAUUUUGGUAUUAUUGGAUAUUCAACAGGACAUAUUGAUAUGUAUAAUAUGCAAUCUGGACUUUAUCGUGGAUCAUUCGGUAAAGAUUUUUUUGUAUAA